AUGAGUAGUCGCGGCGGAAAAUUAGCCCCAGAAGUCAACCGAGCUCUGUUCGUGAAGAACUUGAGCUACAACGUAACUCCAGAGGAGUUGUUCGACCUGUUCGGAAAAUUUGGCCCAAUCCGACAGGUGCGCCAGGGCAUUGCCUCCGGCACCAAGGGCACAGCCUUCGUUGUCUAUGAAGACGUAAUGGAUGCGAAGCAAGCCUGCGACAAGCUCAACGGCUUCAACUUCCAGAACCGAUACCUAAUCGUUCUCUACCACCAGCCAGAGAAGAUGCGCCACUCAAAAGAGGACCUCGAGGCCCGUCAGGCUCGUUUAGCUCAGCUCAAGCAGCAGCACGGCCCGUCUACGUCUUCACCCACGAAACCGACGCUUUCUUCGUCUCCCCCUGACUCGAAGAAGGCGAUCCUACGAAAGGGCAAGCCGACCAUCACCGGACACUCCCCUCGCUCCGGUGUCCGAUUCGCCGACGGAGUGCGACCCAACUCGCUCCAGGCCCAGACUUGCGCUUAG